GCUCCAGCCGCUCCACUUUCCCCGGAGAGUCCCGAGGCGCCGUGCCUUGGCCCCGCCCACAGCCCGCGGCCCCGCCCGCGGCGCCCCGCCCCACCGCUUCAAGCGGCUCGAGCUGCGGCAGCCUCUGAGUCGCGCGCGGGGCGUGGGGCGGUGACGAGCAGUUGAGGCUGCGGCCAGCUCGACACCGGACAGUCCAGUGAGCAGCGCGGCGGGAACCGUCAGCCGGAGCAGCCCCGGAGCAGAAGCAGCAGCAGCAGCAGCCGUCGCCGUUCGCGGAGCGCAGCCGAGCCGGCCAUGGCAUUGUCGAUGCCGCUGAACGGGCUGAGGGAGGAGGACAAAGAGCCCCUCAUCGAGCUCUUCGUCAAGGCUGGCAGUGAUGGUGAAAGCAUAGGAAACUGCCCCUUUUCCCAGAGGCUCUUCAUGAUUCUUUGGCUCAAAGGAGUUGUAUUUAGUGUCACAACCGUUGAUCUGAAAAGGAAGCCUGCAGACCUGCAGAACUUGGCUCCCGGGACCCACCCACCAUUUAUAACGUUCAACAGUGAAGUCAAAACGGAUGUAAAUAAGAUUGAGGAAUUUCUUGAAGAAGUCUUAUGCCCUCCCAAGUACUUAAAGCUUUCACCAAAACACCCAGAAUCAAAUACUGCUGGAAUGGACAUCUUUGCCAAAUUCUCUGCGUAUAUCAAGAAUUCAAGGCCAGAGGCUAAUGAAGCACUGGAGAGGGGCCUCCUGAAAACCCUGCAGAAACUGGAUGAAUAUCUGAAUUCUCCUCUCCCUGAUGAAAUUGAUGAAAAUAGUAUGGAGGACAUUAAGUUUUCUACACGUAAAUUUCUGGAUGGCAAUGAAAUGACAUUAGCUGAUUGCAACCUGCUGCCCAAACUGCAUAUUGUCAAGGUGGUGGCCAAAAAAUAUCGCAACUUUGAUAUUCCAAAAGAAAUGACUGGCAUCUGGAGAUAUCUAACUAAUGCAUACAGUAGGGAUGAGUUCACCAAUACCUGUCCCAGUGAUAAGGAGGUUGAAAUAGCAUAUAGUGAUGUAGCCAAAAGACUCACCAAGUAAAACUGCAUUUAUGAAAGAGGUGUCUUCAUGUCUUCCCCUAAGAAUAUGCUUUUCCUAACAGGCUACUCCUCUUCCUAUAGAGCAGAGAUUGUAUUUUGCACGAACAUGCAGUUAUUGAAGAUUAGGAUCAAGGAUAGACCAGGUAUAGUAGUUAUCUUAAAAUAUAUACUCCUAAGCAGUAUUAUUUUAAAAUCCUUUUAUCCUGCCUACCUCCCCUACCCGGGUUCCCCUCUUUUGAAUUUGGAGACACUCCACCACAACUUUUCACUUUAGAGGUAGUUUGCCAUCUCUCAAGAGCCCUCACCAUUGUGUCCAUUUACUGUGUAUAGAUGGCAGAAAUUUGAGGUGCAAUGUUUAAUUGUUAAAGUAGUAGCCACGGCUUUAUCAGGUAGCCCCAAACUGGUGUAUGAUGCAUGGUACAAGGAAUAUUUAUGUAUUUUUUGGAGUUUUAUAAUAUUUAGUAAGAGUAUAUGAAAGGAUUGCUACUGUAUCAGAAAUAUUAUUUCAAUUUAGUCUAUCCUGGAUGUGUACUAAAGAAUAUUACCAUCAAAGAAGAGAGCUUUCUGCAAAAGUCACUACAGAUUUGGCUAUAUUGCUUUGUAGAUAGAUUUUUACUUUUGCCUAAAAGCAUUUAUCCUUCAUACCAAUUGCAACGUUUGACACCAUGUAGAAGCUAAAUGUUUAGAGGGAGGGAGGGUUUUCUCCAGACCUUCCUCAAGCAUUUUAUCUUUAUAAGAGGAACUGAUGGGCACCUGAUACCUAUCUGUCUAAAUAUGUUUGUUAUAUGUGUUUUGCCCUGUGCCAUUCAUUUGGAACAUUAUUGCUUUCUUCCUUGAUUUUAAAAACUUGUUUUUAGGUAAUCAUAGAGCUUGCUAUUAGUACAUCUUUUGAGCAACACUACAUAUACUGACAUUUAGUUGAUUUAGCUAUAGCAGUACAAUGAUUAGUAAUGUAAAAAUUAACACAGAAAUUAACCUAAGGAAUGAAGGGUGGGUUUGUCAAAAUAACAAGUAAAUUUUUGUUUCUAAAGCACAUUUAAUAUAGGUGAUCUAAACACAUUAUCCAUUUUAUGUAAAAAAAAGAAAAGAUAAAACAACAGAUCACCAGCUUUCUCAUUUCACCCCAUUUACCUUGUAGAGAGGGUUGUUCAUUCCUUUUGGACUAAGUUAUAGUAAUGGUGAGUGUAUAUUUACUGCAGUUUUGCCUGAUCUCACACAUUGCACUUCCUUGAGUUAAAUUUUUCUACAGCCAUGUUGAGGAAUAGCACUCUUCCAUGUUUUUGCUUUUUUUGUUGUUUUUUUGUUUUUUAAAAUUGAAGCCCUAAAUCAGGAAUUAUUUGUACUCUAACAAGAGGGGAUGAACUUGCUGAAAAUAAAACUUUGCCUUGUGUUUACUCUUUUUUUUAAAAGAAAAAAACAAAACCAGACUUUCUAAGUACUGCUCUGAAGAACGUGAUUAAGACUAUAAUACAUUUUUUGGUAAUUUUUUUAUGCCUAACUUCCUUGUAUAGGAAGUGCUAUUUCUCAUAGGCUGUUUUUUGAAAUUUUAAGUUUAUUGCUUUAAAAUGGCAGUGUUUCCCCACUCCUCCACUUUGAUAUGCGAACAUUUAGUAAGCACUGGCUUUAUGGAAGCAGCUUUUUAUAAGUGUACUGCAUUUUUUUUUUUUUUUUGAAGUAAUUUGCUUAGUACAGAAAGAUAAGAAAAUCUCCAUGUUGUAUCGAUUUGGCUCAGGGAGAUUCUUUGCCUUACCUUUCUAGAACUCUAUUGUUGAUCAAAAGUUUAAGCACCCACUUUUUUUUUUUUUUAGGUAAUUAAAUAUUGUAUGAUGAUUUAUCUGGUUCAAGGAAGUAGCACUAUACAGUUAUCUAUUGAGAAAUUAUUUUGCAGUGGUUUUAGUGGGUGAAAGUGUCCCAUCUGCCCUAGUACACAGGCAGGCAUUACCACUCUUCACCUACUUUUUAAAUAGUGGCAACUUGGCCUUCAUUCAGGUGAUACUGAACCUUGCCUCAUAGCUUAAAGUAUGAAAAAGAUUCAAGCAAAGUGAGGUUUGUUCUUUCCAGUGAAUGGUGGACCAACUGGUGCAGAGUAGAGGGCUAACAGAGGAAAGAGCUCUAUUCUUUAAAAUAGAGUGAUGAAAAUUCAUUCUGAAACUUAAAAUAUUUUCAUUUUGGAGUUCUCUUGUUUUUAUUAACCCAGUGACACUUGGCCAUCCCUCUAAAUAUUCAAAGAAGGCAUGUCUAUUGUGAUUUUGAUGAAGCCAGAAUCAUUUUUCUCUGUAGAAAGACAGAUACUACUUUUUCAGGGAAGUUAGUAAAAUGAAAUGGAAAUUGGUAAAUGGACAAAAGCUAGCUAGUAAAAAGGAGGAUCCAACAAUAUGCUUAUGUUUGGAAACAGCAUAGUUUAAAAUCUUGAGAAAUUUGGGACAUAAAAGUUUUCAUGGUAGACAGUUCAUGCAAUAUAUGAAUUGACAUAAUGGAAAUAAUCUAAUUUUAUUUUUACAAAUAACAAAUCCAUUCCCCUUCAUUUAGACCCCUUUUGUGUUUUACUUCAAUGAAGAGAUUGGAGUCUCAAUGGAAAGUCAAGGGAUUUUGAGAAAUUUUUGUAUUCGACAAUGGAAAGCUCUCUUCUAGUUGAUAAAACUCCCUUUUUUGAUGUAGAUGUGGAUUUUCUAUACAGUUCUAUUGUCUUCCUAGGACUGUUAAUUUUUGUGAUAAAACUCAAGUAAGAUUUUAUUUCUUGGUAAUUUUGGCUUUUACAAUUUAUCUUUAAAUCUUCGAGCAAUCUGUAUACAAUGGAGAGAUUUCUGACAUACUACAUGGAUCAACUCUAGGAUUUAGGCUUUAACUUUACUUCUGUUGUGUUUUGAAUCUCUCCAGAGUUGCAUGUAGAUAGCGUUUAUUUCUGUGAACUUAAACUCAUUUAGAAAAUGUCUACAAAAUAAAAAUGGAGAGGAAAUAGAAAUGUAUUUUUUCAUGAACAUUUUGAUACAAAUUUCAUCAUUUAAUGAUUCACCAAUUUCUUACAUUAAUUUGAAUUAAGCAUUUAAUGCAAAGAGAGGGGAGCAUUCAUUAUUGAUAUAUGUGGGCUUUUAAAAACUCCAUCCUUUAUAAAUAGUCAAGGUUUGGGCCACACAAAUUAUAUUUUUAUCAUGGAAAAAUUUAAACUCCUCAAGCCAUAAUGUUGAAUAGAAUUGGAUUAUUUUCUUUAGAAUUUCUUGAACAGGUAAAUGAAAGCUUAUUAUAGAAUGCAUGUGUUUUCUUUCCUCUUUAGAACAUCAGCAGCAGUAUAUUGCUGGCAGCUAUUGUAUUGAAAAUAAAGUAUAUUUUCACUAUCA